AUGAUUCUGUCUACCGUUUUAUCGCUCGCGGCUGGCGUGGCGGCGUUGACACUCGAUGUCGCCUCGUCUGGUGGAAACCAGUCCAGUCCUCUUCUCUACGGGCUUUUGUAUGAGGACAUCUAUCACUCCGGCGACGUUGGUCUCUAUGGGGAGAUGAUUCGCAAUCGAGCCUUCCAAGGAUCCUCAUCUAAUGGGGCUGCAAGUCUGGACCGUAAUACGGACUAUUGGAAUCCAGUCGGAGGGGUCUCGCUGGCUAUCGACACAUCCUCGCCCGUUCUUUCCUCCAGUCUCCCCUACCAGCUGCGCAUGGACGUGCCCGCAGGGACGACGGGUACCGUAGGAUUCUACAACGAAGGCUUCUGGGGCUUCAAUGUCGACGCAAGCAAGGAUUAUAUCACCAGUCUCUAUAUGCGAGGCAAUUACUCUGGCACUGUUGACUGCUUCUUCCAUAGCAAUACGACCGACCAGGUUCUCGGUUCAACAAGCAUCAAUAUCGACCAGACCCCAUCUGACGGAUGGGUACAGAGUUAUUCGUCGAGCUUCAAGCCGAGCCAAGCUGCGUCCGAUGCUAACAGCACGUUUUAUUUCACGUUUGAUGGAUCAAAGCUAGCUGGGCAGAGCGUCUACUUUAACAUUCUCAGCUUAUUCCAGCAGACGUUUCAGAACCGCGACAAUGGCGUGCGUGAAGACUUGGCUGAUGCCCUGCGCAACAUGAACAUGAAAUAUGUCCGACUGCCCGGUGGAAAUAACAUGGAAGGCAAUGGUUCUCCCUAUUAUUGGAGGUGGAACGCAACUAUCGGUUCACUCACUGACCGCCCAGGCCGUCCAGGUACUUGGGGUGAUAUCAAUACCGAUGGAUUUGGGCUUCUCGAGAUGAUGCAGAUGGCAGGUGAUCUGGGCCUCGAGGUGAUGCUAGGCAUCUGGGCUGGAUUCUACCUCGACGGCGAGGCCGUGGCUGAAGCUGAUCUGCAACCAUACGUGGACUCAGUCAUGGAUGAAUUGGAGUUCCUGUUGGGAGACCAAUCGACUACUUACGGAGCCAAGCGAGCAGCAAUGGGCUUUCCUUCAGCUUUCGCCAUCAAUUGGAUUGAAAUUGGCAACGAAGACUAUUUGAAUGGGGGCACCAACUCCUACAAUUCAUACCGGUUUAAGGCGUUUUACAACGCCAUCCAUGCUGCAUACCCAUCCAUCAAUCUCAUCUCGACUAUCAAUCCAAGUCCAGUGACAACCAAAGGCAGCUCAGUAGAUCUCCAUGUCUACGGCAAUGAAAACUACUUUGAGUCUCUUUUUGGUACCUUCGACCAUGCCAGCCGCGAAUACCCUGUCUUCAUCAACGAGUACGCAGCAACUAACACUGGCUCUAACAAAGGUGAAGCUGGUGCUCAGACCCUGGGCAUGUCCUGUGCAGAGGCCAUAUUUCUCUUAGGCUGCGAAAGAAACUCCGAUGUCGUUGUCGGCUCUGCCUACGGUGCAUUGAUCAAGAAAUACAAUGAAGAGCCGGAGACAGUGGCUGUUAUAAAGCAUACCGCCAACGAGAUUCUCUACACCAUCAGUUACUAUGUCCAAAAGCUGUUCGCGGAGAACAUGGGCACGAGAACUCUACCAGUUACCGUCACGGAUGGGGGAUUUGGCCCUGUCUACUGGUCCGCAACGGCCAACAGUUCUUCCACUAUCCUCAAGCUCGUCAAUUAUAAUGGGGAGACCGGAUCGUCUAAUGCCGUGGUGGUCAAUGUCGAGGGCUCGUCGAAGUCCACUGCUACUUUGAUCUCUCUUACUGCGCCGAAUUCCACAAGCGUCAAUAAUUUGCCGUCCUUGGGAGGUGAAAGCAGUGUCAUCACCACCACAACCUUGUCUGGGUCUGGUGGCAAUUUCUCUGUCAGUUUCAGCAAUCCUUAUGAAAUUGCUAUUCUGGUUGUCUAG